AAGCCAUGGGUGAUACAGAAAGAGUUGUUCUUGUGACGGGGGGUUCAGGUUUAGUGGGACAGGGAAUAAGGUUGGCCUUGGAGAAGUACGGUCUGAGGGAGCCCAAUGAACGUUGGAUUUUCGCAUCGUCGAAGGACUUGAAUCUUUGCAGCGGUGCGGAGACAUCUGCCUACUUUGAGCGAGUCAAGCCUACGCAUGUCAUUCAUCUGGCAGCCAAAGUCGGUGGACUUUUUGCCAACAUGAGCGACAACCUGGGCUUCUUCCGUACCAACAUGAUGAUAAAUGAUAACCUGUUGGAGUCUUGUGCGAAGUUCGGCGUUAAAAAGACUGUUUCCUGCCUAUCGACCUGCGUAUUUCCCGACAAGACAACUUAUCCCAUUGAUGAAACCAUGCUGCACAAUGGGCCACCACACUCUUCAAAUUACGGAUACGCCUAUGCUAAACGCAUGGUCGAUGUGUUGAAUCAUGCCUACACGGAUAAGUACGGGACAGUUUUCACGGCCGUCAUCCCCACAAACGUGUUUGGGCCUUACGACAACUUUAAUUUAGAAAGUGCUCAUGUCAUUCCCGCUCUCAUGCACAAGGCCUACUUGGCUAGCAAGGCUGGCGAGCCACUGCUGGUGCUUGGCUCGGGCACUCCCCUCCGGCAGUUCAUCUACUCCGUCGACCUUGGUCGCCUCAUUGUCUGGGUUCUGCGAAACUACAGUAAACCAGACCCAAUUAUUCUCUCCGUGCCAGAGACUGACGAAGUCUCCAUUAAAGAUGCUGCCAGCGCCAUUGUCGCUGCUAUGGGCUGCAAGGGACUAAAGCUGGAUCCCUCAAAAGCGGACGGUCAAUUUAAGAAAACCGCGUCUUCCGCAAAACUAUUGUCCCUCUACCCCGAUUUCAAAUUCACUCCUUUUCAAGAAGGUUCGUUACCCCAAUGUCUACAAUUUCUUUAA